AUGAGGAAAAAAGUAUAUGAACAGUACUGUAAUGUAUUGUUCCUUGACAAACAAGUCCAUAAUCUUGGUGUCCAAGAAAAGGUUUGGGUAGCAAAUAGAGAGAACCCUUUGUCUGACGCAUCUUCAUCAAAACUUGAACUCUCCGAAGAUGGAAAUCUAGUCAUGCUUGAAGGUUCCUCCAAGAUACCAAUUUGGUCAACAAAUUUGAAAAAUCCCCUGUCAAACUCAACUGAAGCAGUACUUCUUGAUGAUGGAAAUUUUGUUUUAAGAGAUAGUUCCAACAAGAAUACUAUAUUUUGGGAGAGUUUCGAUCAUCCAACCGAUACAUGGCUUCCUGGUGCAAAGCUUGGGAUCGAUAAGAUUACUGGAAAAUCAAAGCAGCUUAUUUCAUGGAAAAAUUCAGAAGAUCCUGCACCAGGUAUGUUCUCCUUCAGGUUAGCCGUAGGCCCAAAUGGAAGCAGCCGAUUUAUGUUGGAGUGGAACAGAUCUCAAAUGUAUUGGAGUACUGGAGUUUGGGAUGAAAAAAAAAAAUCUUUCAGCUUAGCUCUCGACAUGUUCAUGAAUUAUAUCAAUCCCAGGUUUGUGUCAAAUGAAAAUGAAAGCUAUUUGACUUAUUCUAUUAAAAGCAGUUCUUCCAGUUCCAGAAUUAGGUUUGUCAUUAAGUCUUCAGGACAGCUCCAGCAACUCGCAUGGUCGGAAAGAUCAUGGGUUUGGACCUUAUUUUGGUCUCGACCGGAAAAUGCAUUUGAUGUCUAUGGUUUGUGCGGUGCAUUUGGCGUGAAUUAUGAGAAUAUCUCAAACCCCUGUGUAUGUUUAAAUGGUUUUAAACCAUUUUCAAUUGGAGAAACGUACCUAAGUGAUUGGUCAGGUGGUUGUGUGCGGAAAUCCCCUUUACAAUGUAUGAAUAAUACGUAUGCUAAUGUAAAAAAGGAUUGGUUCAUGAAAAUACAAAACCUGAGUUUCCCUGUUAAUUCAAAAGCACAUUCGGCAGUGAGUGCUAUGAAUUGUGAAGGGGCUUGCAUGAAUAAUUGCUCUUGCACAGCUUAUGCAAAUAGCAGCGGGUUCUGUAUGAUAUGGGAAGGAACUCUUUUAAAUUUACAGCAACCCACAGAUGGUGUUAAGGCUGGACAAGAUAUCUAUCUCAGACUUGCUGCUGAUGAGAAUCGUGUUGCUGAUGAAUAUCAAAAGACCAAAAUUAUGAUUGAGCUAAUAGUGAUUCUUAUUAUCAGAAUCAGGCAACAAACAGAAAGUGUGGGUAAUUUCAGCAGUGCUGGUCAUUGCAACCGCAAUCGGGCUUAUCUUAUUCCUCUCAAUUUGCUUCUCAAGGAAGCGAAAGCUCACACACAAGCACAAAGUCGGUGA